AUGCCACGGUCGCUCCCGAAGUCGUAUGCUCGCCUCUCCUCGUCUCCUUCCGCACCGUCUUCCUCUCAAUCGGUGUCUACCCCCAGCCUAAGUCUGCGCUCAUCCCCACCCGGCCGUCUCCCGGCCCUGGCGAACACAGGCUCUACAGAGCUUGGCGGUCAUUCUCGGGCUUCUUGCUUCGCGUCCGUUUGUCGUGCCGCUUCCUUGCAAGCUUGUGCGUCGCUGCGGUCACGCCGCGCUGUGUGGGGAUCCCGGCGCGCCCGCGGCGGCCCUGAGACGCCGCGGCUUCAGUCGAGACGAGAGAGACACCGCGGUCUGCGGCGGGCACGCCCUCUUCACGUGUUGCUGACAGCAUUUGCCGUCUGCGUCGCGUGGGCAGACGGCCGAGGCGGCAUGCGCAUGGCGGAAGCCAGGCGUGGCUCUCCGAUGUCCAGCCAGGGGCAGAUCGCGCCUGCGGCGCUCGGGUCGCAGUCGAGCGGUCGCGCGUCUCUCUUCUCUUCUUUUCCUGCUGAAGCUCACGUGUCUCAUGUGCGCCUCUUUCCUACCCGCGGGGCCGUACCGGCUUCAAAUGGGAAGCGCCUCCGUACGGCCGACGCGUCCGCGUCUUCGUGGGCAGAUGCGGCAGCUGAUGCGUCGCCCCUCGGGUCUCUCGCGUCUGGCGUUUCGCGGCGAAAUCCACUCGUCUCGUCGUCGUCUCGUCUCUCUCGAGUGCCGCAUGCGCUGCGUUUCGCGCGCCUCACAGAGCGAAGGGAAGGGGGUCCCUUGCAGCAGCCCGGCGCUUCUGCGGUCGUUGCAGCCUUCGUGUCUCCGGUCGCGACGCGGAUGAGACCUCGCGGACGCAAGUUACACUCCGCGAGAAGCGCAUCUGUCCCGUCGCCUGUGCUCAAGGUGGGCACGCGCGCGUCGCCUCUCGCUUUGGCGCAGGCGCGGCAGGUGGUCUACAAGCUUGCGCUAAAGCUGCCGGACAUCUUUCCGCAGGCGCACCAGAUCGUGCAGGACAUCCUCGCCUCCGCUUCGUCCACCUCGGCGGCGCGAGAGGGGUCGCUUCCGGCCUCCUGUGGUGCGACGUUGCCGGCGAACUUCGCCGCAAGCGUCCUCGCCGACACCCGACUCAACUAUGGAGAGCUUCUGGUUCGCCCGCUGCAGACGACAGGCGACCGGACGCUGCACUUGCCUCUAGGGGAGGUCGGCGGGAAGGGCCUGUUUACAAAGGAACUGGAUUUGGCGCUGCUCGACGGAAGCGUGGAUUUCGUGGUUCACUCGAUGAAGGACGUUCCAACUGAGCUCCCGCUGGGAACCGAAAUCGGCGCCUUCUUGCCGCGCGAGGACCCCAGAGACGUCCUGCUCUACUGCCGGAAAGGCGACACGGGCAGCGGCGCGCAGAGUCAAGGCAGCCAGCGAGAUCUGGGAGACAGUUCCGCGCCGACAGACGACCCCCGUGUCGCCGGCCAAGGGGGCAACCAGUCAGCGCGCUCUCAGCAGCAGUCUAGACUAUCGCCCUGCUCUCUGCUAUCGGUGCUUCCAGAUUGCCUCAUCGGAGAAAACGCCGAGAAGUGCAUCACAAUCGGGACGUGUUCACUCAGGCGCCAGGCACUUUUGUCAGCGUCGCUGCCUUCCUCUAUCUUCAACUUGGUCGGACUGAGAGGAAACGUGCAGACUCGCAUGAAGCGAAUCUCAGAAGGUGCGCUCGAUGCGACGCUCCUCGCAGCAGCUGGCCUUAACCGUCUCAAUCUUCUCUCCUCUCUGCUCCCAUCGGCUGCCCUCUGUCAGUCUUCCUCUUCUUUCGGCUCUAGAGCGUUGGCUUUACCAUCGGACAGCAGCUCCUCACGAGAUCAAGAUGCCGCUCGCAUGGAAGCGGCGUUGCUUCCCGUAGAGGCUUUCUGCCCUGCAGUCUGUCAAGGCAUCAUUGGCGUUCAGUACCGCACAGCAGAUAGGCACGUCCACGAGCUUCUCCAACGCUUGAAUUCAGCUUCUGCGUUAGGGCAAGCCGCAUGUGAAAGAGCGUUUUUGCGGGCGCUCGACGGAAGCUGCAGAACGCCGAUCGCCGGAACGGCGCAGUGGCGCAGCCUCGCGAGAGACGCCGUAGGGAGAGGAGGCUUGGGAGGCGAAGGCGAAAAGUCAGAAGAGCGCCGACGGGAAAGCGAAACCGCGGGGGCAGAAAAGGACGUUGAGCAUGGGUGGGGCGGACACCCAGACUGUUUUUCGGUGACGACGGAGUUGCAGUUUCGCGGAGUCUUGGCGACGCCGGAUGGAAAGCAGCUAUUCAAGCAAGAGAGAACAGUGGCUGGUGUCCGCACGCUGGAAGAGGCGGAAGAUAUCGGCCGGUCGGUGGCUGAAGAUGUCAAGAAACAAGCAGGGACUUCACUGCUUCAGAUGAUCCAGGAACAAGUGACCGAGGGAUGGAAAAAUCUGAAGACUCUUUAG